AUGAAGUUUGGCAAGAACAUCUGUAUCCUGAACGUCGGCGGCACUAAGUAUGCCUUCACCCGGGAGGUGAUCCGGGACUUUCCGCUGCGUCGGGUGAGCCGGCUGCACAGCUGCUCGUCCGAGAAGGAGGUGCUGGAGGUGUGCGACGACUACGACCGCGAGAGAAACGAGUUUUUCUUCGACAGACACUCGGAGGCGUUCGUCUUCAUCAUGCUGUACGUGCGCUCCGGGAAGCUGCGCUUCGUGCCGCGGAUGUGCGAGCUGUCCUUCUACAACGAGAUGCUCUACUGGGGUCUCGAGAGCUCGCACCUGGAGUUCUGCUGCCAGCGGCGCCUGGACGACAGGAUGUCCGACACAUACACGUGCUUCUCCGAGGAGGAGCUGAUGGGCGCGGACGAAGAAGAGGCCCGGCGCGCGGAGGCGGCGGAGGACGAGGCGGAGGAGACGCGCUCCUGGCUGGCCAGGAUGAGGAGGACCUUCGAGGAGCCCGCGUCCUCCGUGGCCGCGCAGGUGCUCGCCUCCGUCUCCGUCAUCUUCGUCAUCAUUUCCAUGGUCAUCCUGUGCGCGAGCACGCUGCCCGACUGGGACACGGCGAAAAAUAACACGGUGGAGGAGCACAGUAGGAUCAUUGAAGCAGUAUGCAUUGGCUGGUUCACUGCCGAGUGCAUAGUGCGUUUCAUUGUCUCACGGGACAAGUGUGAGUUUGUGCGCCGACCCCUGAACAUCAUUGACCUUCUGGCCAUCACACCUUACUACGUGUCAGCUGCCAUGACGGCCCUGACAGGGGAGAACCCGCAGCUGCAGCGGGCAGGAGUCACCCUGCGUGUGCUGCGGAUGAUGCGCAUCUUCUGGCUCAUUAAGUUAGCGCGGCACUUCCUGGGUCUGCAGACGCUGGGGCUGACACUGCGCAGGUGCUACCGCGAGAUGGUCAUGCUCCUGGUGUUUGUGUGCGUCGCCAUGGCAAUCUUCAGUGCCCUGGCCCAGCUCCUGGAGCAUGGACUGGACCUGGAGACCAGCAACGAGGACUACGCCAGCAUCCCGGCGGCCUGUUGGUGGGUUAUUAUCUCCAUGACGACUGUCGGCUAUGGAGACAUGUAUCCCAUCACCAUGCCGGGGCGCGUGCUGGGUGGCGUGUGUGUCGUGAGUGGCAUUGUGCUCCUGGCUCUCCCUAUUACCUUUAUCUACCACAGCUUUGUGCAGUGCUACCACGAGCUCAAAUUCCGCUCAGCACGCUGCGUGCGAAGUCUCUCCGCUGAGUUUCUCAACUGACUGUCAGUUAUUGAUUUCUCCAGGACCACUCAGGUCCUCAGCCCAACUCCAUUACCCAUCACCUGGCCUCUCUUCUUCUGUGCCUUUGUUUUAAAACCUUGAACAGCCUCCUGAAUUAUAAGCUAAGCUACAUAGAGUAAGGAAUGCUACUAUUUCUGCUAUGGAAAUGGCUCCUUUCAAAUGCAGCAUCUCCACAUUUUUGACCCUUCUGAAUAUAAAUGAUAAAAAUUACCUCUAAAAACUGGAAUGCAUAUGCUUUCUCCAUCAUGGAAGCAACAGGAGAAAAACGAGAAAAAAUUUCCAAGCACACAAAACGAUCACAGUCCAAAGGAACUAUACAAUGCUUGCCAAUGUUUGUAUUGUAACCCUGCACAGAUGAAAACCAAUGAACCUGAUCCAAAGAGACAGCAUUUCCCGUGUUUGGUGGCGUUCAAAAAGGACAACUGUGGCAACAGCCGGCACCAGAUGGCAUGGCUGUCUAUAAGGGGUGCCUGGCAAGGUUUUCAGGUCUUGACUGUUCUCCAGACCAUAGCCGGCCUUUCCUCAAGCGCCCUGGUCUGGCUUCACAUGCAGAAACACUCUGUUCCCAUGGAGAGAUUUCUCCGGCUCGUUAGAUCAUUAAUUCAGUUCAAUUUGGCUUUGAAAGCUCUCCAAAUAUGAAGGGCAAAAAGCAAAGGAGGAGAGAGAAGGGCCUAAAGGAAAUGGUAGAAAUACAGAAAUAAAAUAUUUGAAGAGGCAGAUGGGAGCGUAGUGGAAAGAAUUUGAAAAUACAGCUGAGCGUAGACCUGGUGGAAACAGUUGGGCAUUAAAUGUUUAUCCUUUCAUGUAAGCAAAAUGCAGCUGUGUAAUUGAAAAUAAAUCUCGGUCGGUGCAGUCAUAUUCUGAAGGUUCACUUCCCUAAGUCCUAGAAACAAAACAUCAGCUGUUCUGCUACACAGGGAUGGAGCCACCACCUGGAGCCUAUAUCUCUGGGAAUAUGAGUGCGCAAACCAAGAGGUGUUAACUAAAUUGAUUAGCAAACACCUCACCCACACACUCAGCAGUAGGAGGGCUGUCACUCUCCUCCUCCUUCACUGUAAGCAGAGCGAGCACAAAAGCGAGUCGCUCUCCUUCACUGGAUGGGCUCCUUGUGUGUUCAGUGGUUUAGUAAUUCUGAAUGAGGUAUAAUAACAUUCAGCAACCCAGCCAAGCAAAGCUUAUGAUUAUGAGUCACAACACAUUUUUAGGGCAGUACGAGUAGAAAGCAAUUAAAAACGUUUAAUCAAAAGAUUGCAUCUGUAGAUUUGUUUACUUGAUGAUAUUAUCAAACACAUUGUGAGAAGGAAAUCUAAGAAUGAGUGCCUCAAGAAGUGUAUUCUCUUCUUAAUGCCACAUGUAGUGGUUCGUGUUUAGCAUUAACUCUCAUACUUAUGCAGGAAACCCUUAUCAGUGUUGUACAGUAGCUUGGUGAGUGAUGACAUAAUACAAUGUAACUAAUAUGAAUUGUAAAACUGAAACUGGAGAAAAGGUUUGUCCUGCAUCAGUAUGGUGCAGUAAAUGUUAAGCAUUCCCACCACAUUCCAUCUUUUCAUAUUACAGGCUGCUUUAUAACUGUGAAGCUAUGAGUAUUGCAAAAGUGUAAUUAAAUGCUUUCUGUGGCUGCUUAUGUAGAUAAUCACAGGUAAAAA